UCAAUCAUUUCAUUUCAUAACAAAUAUUUAAGAUAUUAUUACUAUUAUUAUUUCCAUUCCCAUUGUACUCAAUAGAAAACUGAGGCCCAGAGAAGAUAAACAGCUAGUCCGAGGUCAUACUAUUAGUAAGUGACACUAAGAUUUAAACCAAACAGUCUGAUUUCCAGAGUCUGAUUUCAUUUUUAACCAAAAUGUGAAUCUGCCUCAGCUCAAAGAGGGUGUGUAUACCACUCUAAGAGUUGAGUUCUAUGACAGGAGGUUCCUUCCAGUCUUGUCAUAAAAAGAAGCUCAGCCCAGCCUUCCCCCAACAGAGUACCAUGGCCAGGCGAGUUGCAGUGAUUGGAGCUGGUGUGAGUGGCCUGUCCUCCAUCAAGUGCUGCUUGGAUGAGGACCUGGAGCCCACCUGCUUUGAGAGAAGUAACGACAUCGGGGGACUAUGGAAGUUUACUGAAACUUCUAAAGAUGGGAUGACCAGGGUCUACAGAUCAUUAGUGACAAAUGUCUGCAAAGAAAUGUCAUGUUAUAGCGACUUCCCCUUCCAAGAAGAUUAUCCCAAUUUCAUGCACCAAGGAAAAUUUUGGGAUUAUCUCAAAGAAUUUGCUGAGCACUUUGACCUUCUGAAAUACAUUCGGUUUAGGACCACGGUGUGCAGUAUAACGAAGCAUCCAGACUUCUCUGAAACCGGUCAAUGGGAUGUUGUCACAGAGACAGAGGGGAAGCAGGAACGAGCUGUCUUUGAUGCUGUCAUGGUUUGCACCGGACAUUACCUGAAUCCCCAUUUACCAUUGGAGUCCUUUCCUGGUAUUCAUAAAUUUAAAGGCCAGAUCCUGCACAGUCAGGAGUACAAGAGCCCAGAAGGCUUUCAAGGCAAGCGCGUGUUAGUGAUCGGUCUUGGGAACACUGCAGGGGACGUGGCAGUGGAACUGAGUCGAACGGCAGCUCAGGUACUUCUCAGUACCAGAACUGGUGCCUGGGUUCUCCACCGCUCUUCAGCUGGGGGCUACCCACUUACUAUGGUGAUUACAAGAAGAUGCCUUAAUUUUACUGCACAAGUUCUGCCCUCGUGUGUACUAAACUGGAUUCAAGAGAGGCAAAUGAAUAAAAGACUUAACCAUGAGAAUUAUGGAUUAAGUAUUACAAAGGGGAAAAAAUCAAAAUUCAUUGUGAAUGAUGAACUGCCAACCUGUAUCCUUUGUGGGACAGUCACCAUGAAAACCAGCUUGAAGGAAUUUACAGAAACCUCUGCUCUCUUUGAAGAUGGAACAGUGGAAGAAAACAUCGAUAUUGUGAUCUUCGCUACAGGAUACACAUUUUCUUUUCCCUUUCUCGAAGAACCUCUUAAAAGCCUUUGUACAAAGAAGAUAUUCCUGUACAAGCAGGUUUUUCCUUCAAACCUAGAGAGAACAACACUAGCUAUCAUUGGCCUCAUCAGCCUUAAAGGAUCGAUCUUAGCGGGCACAGAGCUCCAAGCACGCUGGGCCACAAGAGUAUUCAAAGGACUCUGUAAGAUACCUCCAUCCCAAAAACUGAUGGCUGAGGCUACUGAAAAGGAACAACUCAUAGAAAGGGGUGUGAUGAAAGACACAAGUGAAGACAAACUUGAGUUCAUUCUGUACCUGGAUGACCUUGCUGCAUGCAUAGGCGCAAAGCCCAGUAUCCCUCUUCUGUUCCUCAAGGAUCCCAGGCUAGCUUGGGAAGUUUUCUUUGGACCCUGUACCCCUUACCAGUACCGCCUCGUGGGCCCUGGAAAAUGGGUUGGAGCCAGAAAUGCCAUCCUGACCCAGUGGGACAGGACACUGAAACCCUUAAAAACUCGAAUCGUUCCCAAUUCCACCAAGCCUACAUCCAUGUCACGUUAUUUAAAAGUUUGGGGGGCACCUAUCCUCCUUGCCUCUCUUCUACUGAUCUGUAAAUCUUCGUUUUUUUUUAAAUCGGUGCGAGAUAAUCUACAGGAUAGAAUUUCCCCUUAUCUAAUAAGUAUUUGGUGAGGAUGAAUCUGAUUCAUUAUAAAAGCUGUCCCUAGCCACGUUAAUUCUAUCUCCAAAUAUUUUGUGCAUUCCUCCUCUCCUUCCCGUCUUAACUGCUAUCAUCCAAGUUCAGGUCCAGUCAUCUCUUAUCUGAAUUAUUAUACUGUCUUCCCUCUGGUCCCAGUGCCUCCUUUUCCAAUCCAUAUUCUACUCUGCUACCUAAGC